UAAAUAAAUUUAUAGCAACAAAAAUGUUGCAUAUAUCAAAGCUAAUAGAAAAUUUUUAUCUAUAAAAUUAUAAAAAAGUUGAAUGAAAUAUUAACCAAAAUAUAGUACUAUAGGAUGUAAGUUGGGGACCUAAAGCAAUUGCUUAUAACAUAAUGAGCACGGCUCUGCGGCUCUGCCAACUUAAAACCAAAUCUUGUACUAGGUUAGUGGAACGUGUCACCACAAGUCACAGUGUCACACAACCAGUCUUUCUUACUUUUCGUCAUUUCCUGCAAAUGGCAACCACAGGACAAAUAAUUGGAGAUUAAUGAAUAAAAUUUAAAAACUUGCAAAAGUUUUUUUUUCCUUUAAGUUGCAAAAGUUAUAUGAUCAUUCUUUUGUAUGGCAAAGGGAUGCGUUACGUUUCUAGAGGAAUGAGUAAAAUGUUUUCCAUAAUUUUCACAGGGUAUAAUUUACUCUAAUUUCUGCGCAAUACGAACUUUAGUUUUCUUAAGAUAAAAAAGCAGUUGGUGGAAACGGGAAAGAAAAAGCAAAGCAUCCAUAAUUUCAUUAAUCAGCUAAACCGAAAAGAGAGGUAUCUAAUAUUUUUGAGGAAAUUUUAAUUUUACCUUAAAUUUGAUAUCACUUUUCAUAUUUACUUUUAAAUGAUAACCAUUCUCAUAAAUAUUUCAAUUCAUUAUGAAAAAAUAAAUAAAAUAAUAAUCUUUCUAAAUCAUUUAAAAAUUAUUUAUAGAAAUUUAUAAAUCCAACCCUACUCACUAAAUACUGAACCCUAAUUACAAUAAUCACUACUCUAAAUCCAAAUGCUAUUGUACUAAUGAUAGAGUAUAUUUUUGAAAAUUGAUAGCCAACUAAGUGUAUUUCAAGCAGUUUUUCUAUAUUCUUCUGUUUCUAAAUAUAUUUCAGAAUAUAUUUUUGUUUCGAAAAGGUUAGAUAUUUUUAUUUUAGGUAUCUUUAUUGCUAUCUUUUUCAUUUACUCUUAUAAUAUUAUUAUUUAAAAUAAAACUUAGAUAAUAUAAAUAAAACAAGUUUAUAAUAGAUAUUUCUAUAAAUUUCUUAAUAUAUAUGAAAUAUUAAAAUAUAUAUCAUUUAUUUAGAAAUGAAAACAUCAUAAUUGUAUAUGCUGCCAAUUUUUUUCUGUCCAACAAAAUAAUGCCGAUAAUUGUUCAAAAGGAAGACAGUUUUAUUUAUUUCGUUCUCUAGACAAUAUAACUCACUACAUCUUAGAUACCAUUUUAGUCAUGUGUAUAUAUAUAUAUAUAGUAGCAGAUUGGGUACGCAUGUAAAAGCAACAACUUCAAAAAACCUAUACUAAGGAACAAUGGUGUCUCUAUGUACAACACUCAAACCGCUUUCUCCUUUUUCACCAUUUGUUAAACAAGGUAACCUUAACUAUACUAGUGCCUUGUUGACUUAUCGAACAUCCAACUCUGCAAACUCAUUUUUGCCCAAACGAGGAGGAACCGUAGCUGUUCAUGAUGCACCGGACCAGGUCGAGAGCUCCUGCAGAAUACCCUUGACGGAGGUUGUGGCCGUGAGAAAGAAGAGUGCAUUUUGGGAAAGGAGUUGGAGUUCUAGGGACGUGAGAAAUGUAGUCGUAUUGGGUGGUGUCCAUUUGCUGAGCCUCUUCGCUCCAUUGUACUUCAGUUGGGCGGCUUUUAGGCUUUUUGUUUGCCUCCAUCUCACCAUUGGGAUGUGCAUCGCCUUGUGUUAUCAUAGGAAUCUUUCUCACCGAAGUUUCGAUCUACCAAAAUGGCUCGAGUUUAUCUUCGCUUAUGGUGGCAUUCUUGCUUUUCAGGGAGACCCAAUAGAGUGGGUGAGCAACCAUCGGUACCAUCAUAAACAUUGUGAUACACAACGUGACCCACACAGCCCUACACAAGGGUUUUGGUUUGGUCACUUCACUUGGUUAUUUGAUUCCGGUUCUAUCCUCAAAAAGUGUGGUGGAGAGGAGAAUGUAAAUGACCUUGUGAGGGAGCCCUUCUAUCGGUUUCUUCAGCGAACCUUACCUUUGCAUCUGAUAGCUUAUGGCUUUCUCCUCUAUAUUUGUGGAGGGAUGCCCUACCUCGUCUGGGGAAUUGGUGUGGCAACUGUAGUUCGACUCCACGGGACUCUUCUGGUGAACUCAGUUUGCCAUACAUGGGGAACACGAGCUUGGAACACACCUGACGUCUCCAAAAACAAUUGGUGGGCAGCGAUUAUAACAAUUGGAGAGGGAUGGCAUAACAACCAUCAUGCGUUUGAGUUCUCGGCCAGGGUGGGACUCGAGUGGUGGCAGCUUGACGUUACUUGGUGUCUCAUUUGUUUUCUCGAGGCUAUUGGUUUGGCCACUAAUGUAAAGUCACCUACUGAAGCUCAAAAGAAGAUAAUGUCCUUGGUCUGAUUAUCCUUAAGUUCUUACAUAAAUUAUCUUCUUAACUUGUAAUAUUCUAUCAAACUUUGUAACCAUGAUGUACCGUCAAUUUAUUCAUCAUCAAUUAAAAUUAUAAAGUCAUAAAUCUUAA